AUGGCAGACUUCCAUGGGCUCGGAGCCAAGUUUGAUGGUUUCCAAAGCUCGACGAGCGGCAGUUCGUCAAGUCCAUUUGUGCAAGCGUCUGAUACGUCAUCGCAUACCUCGUUAUCUCUGGCCUCCAAUAUCUGUCUGCCACCGCUGACAACCCAUGAUACUACCAAGUCCCAUCAUCACAUGAGUAACUUUGAACUUUUCGUCGAGGACCUCCAGCUGGCCGCAAAGAGAGCAUUUCCUAACUCGUCAUACUCUCGAUACAGCGAGGUUCAAGUCCUGCUGAUACGAUGGGAGGAGGACGAACUUGAGGUCGAGUGGGAACUCAACGAGUUGCGAGGAGUCUUCCGUGACUUGUACGGGUUCACAACCGAUAAGUUCCUCAUUCCCACCCUUAACUCUCAUCGAAAGCUCAAUCACAAAGUCUUGAGCUUCGUCGAAGAGCAUGAGAAUGAAGAUACGCUUCUCGUUGUCUACUAUGGUGGGCAUGGGGCCAUCAACAAAGCCAGGCAGUCAACCUGGUCCUGCAAAAGUGAUAAGAGCUAUGCUACAGUGGAGUGGUCCGCUAUCCAGACUCUGUUCGAGAUGGCCAAAUGCGAUGUCCUUCUACUUCUCGACUGCUGUGCUGGUGCAAGUGCUGCUCCCUUGACUGAGCGGCCGACCAACAUGAAAGAGACGAUUGCAGCUUGCGGGUUUGAGACGUGGACCCCUCGCCCAGGCGCACAAUCGUUCACUCACACAAUGAUCGAGGUCUUGAAGGAAUGGGCUUCGCAACUCCCCUUCUCCGCCGCGAUGCUGCACAGUGAGAUCUUGACUCGACUCAAGCACGCACCGCCUGACCGGUCGUCUCAGGGAAGAUUGGUUGAGUCAAGGAAGACGCCUGCCUACAUCCUCUCGACAUCCGAUCCACAUACCGCUUCAAUCACGCUGGGUCGAAUGUCGGAGGAAGAAUCCGGCUCGAUAUCAUCGUCUCAAGCAAUACCAGGGUCCACCCAAGGGAAUCUCUCAGAAAGACUACAGUCAGACACCUACGUUUCGGCUGAGGAGCGCAUUCAGACACUGAUGGGCGUGAGUCCCAAAGGGCAAAGAGUGGUACCACAUGUCCUUUUGAAAAUUGCACUUGAGGGAGACCAAGUCUUUGAUGCCGCGAGUUGCUCUCGAUGGCUGAAGCAAUUUCCACUCUUGGCGACGCACGUAAGCGUUGAGUCUGUCUACAGCAGCUACUCUACUCUUCUGCUGCUGUCGGUACCAGUUGUUCUCUGGGAUCUGCUACCAGAACAUCCAGCGACCCAGUUUGUGGGAUACAUCAAAACCAGCAAUCUUUUGUCGAUAGACCCGCCAAAGGAUGGAGCAGCAACUCCUAUCCCCAUUACCAAGCACGUAGCAGAAGGCAAGAAAGGCGACCCUUUUGAUUGCACCACUCCGCUGAGAUCAGUAUCGGGGCUCAGUAGCCUUGAUUCUGGAUAUGACUCAGGUAUAUCGCGCCCUGCGAGCUUAGUAGCACUGAGGCACAACAGGCUACCGAUGGAUGGAAUGAUGGGUUCUCUGGCUAGUCAGGUCCUAGCGAACAAGAGAAGAAAUAAGCCACCGUCAGUAGAGCUCUUGGGUUCGGAUCGCCCAACUUCUAUGUCAGCCAAUACACGCCUAGAUCCAGCACAGGGACUGAGCUCGAAGAGUUGGAGAGCAAAGCAGUUGAUCGUGUCGAUUGGUCAAGCAGAAUUGAAUGGCAAUCAGAUCGGCCAUACCUGCGUACUCUGGUAUGGAUACGAUGUUCGGCAAAGCCAGCCGUCAAAGAGAGCAACGCCAAAACCAAUAUGGAACGACGAUUUCCGCUUUGAAGUGCACGAUUCACCAAUGUGCUACCAUCUGAGAGUCUCUGUGUGGGGAGUACAGAUGUUGGAGCUUAUUGGUGAAGUGCAUAUUGACCUCUGCGAACUUGUCUCGAGGGGACAACUGCCGGACCUUGGGGCAUGGCAAACCCUACGUUGCAGUGGGACAAUUACAGGUACAAUUCACAUCAAGCUGGCUUAUAUGAAUGCAAGCGAGGAUGAGGAACAGCAAACUAUGGCAACAAAGAUCUCUGCGGCAGAGCGGCAACAACACCGGCAGAAGCUGGAGCAGCAGCAGAACGACCAAGGGCAGGCUCGGGCCCAUCAGAUGGAUUUUCAGGUUUGGUAG